AUGCUCACUGUGUCAGUCAAUGGGGACAUGGACUUUCGUCCGGAAUACAGUCAGCUAGGAUUAUUGAAAAAGACUUUUCCAGACAUACCGCUUAUGGCAUUGACGGCUACUGCGCCACCUAAGACAGACCGAAUCUUACAUUUGAAGUGCGCGACACAACCGCGAGUUAGCGACAAGAAGGCCACGGAGGCUCUCUACGAGUUUAUUUCAACAACGUAUUCGCCCCACGAGUCCGCGACGGACCGACAUAUGGUGCAAGAAGCGUGGCAGAAUGGACAGCUUAGUAUCGUGUGUGCAACGAUUGCAUACGGGAUGGGCAUUAACAAGCCGGACGUUCGCUUCGUGAUCCACUUCUCGGUAGCCAAGUCCAUCGAAGGCUACUACCAAGAGGCUGGUCGCGCCGGGCGAGACGGCAAACCGUCGCAGUGUAUCUUAUUUUACAGUCCACGCGACGUGUCCAAAUUGCGCAGCAUCCUUUUAUGCCUCAGAAGGGAAUGA